UGACCAUGCAAGCACAGAAAUCUGCUCCUGAUAGUAUGCAAUGCAAGGAUAAAUUCCUGAUUCAGCUAACGAUUGUGCCAUAUGGCACAACAGAAGCGGAGAUUACAUCUGGCAUGUUUGCAAAAGACAGUGAUAGAUAUAUUGAAGAGAGAAAGCUCUGGCAAGAACCAUCAAAUGACACUUCAAUCUCGAAAGAGAAAUUGCAGAGCAGAGUUGAACAUUUACCUCCUACCCAGAUGCUGGUAAAAAACGUUGCAGAUGCCAAGAUGACCACAAGCAUGGAAGAGCUUAUACUGCCUAAUGUCGUGGAAAAUGUGAAGUCUGUCCCCGCUGAGAACAAUAAGCUUAAAACUGACAACGAUGAAGAUUCAGCCAAACAA